AUGUUUGUUACAGGUGAUCGUUUAUUGGAUAUACCAUGUAAAGUAUGCGGUGAUCGCAGUUCUGGUAAACAUUAUGGAAUAUACAGUUGUGAUGGAUGUUCAGGUUUUUUUAAACGUAGUAUACAUCGUAAUCGUGUGUAUACAUGUAAAGCUGGUGGUGAUUUAAAAGGACGGUGUCCAGUUGAUAAAACACAUCGUAAUCAAUGUCGUGCAUGUAGAUUACAAAAAUGUUUUCAAGCUAAUAUGAAUAAAGAUGCUGUACAACAUGAACGUGGUCCAAGAAAACCAAAAUUACAUCAACAACAAACAAAUCAUCAUCAACAUCAAUCACACCACCAUCAUCAUCAGCAUCACCAACAUCAUCAUCAUAGUCAAGUUGUAGCUGCGGCUGCUGCAAUGCAAGCUGCAGCCGCAGCAGCCGUUGCGGUUAAUAAUAACAAUAAUAAUAUGGAACAUGGUGGAUCAACAUUAUCAUCAGUUGCAGCAGUAGCAGCGGCAGCAGCACAAGCCCAUCACCAACAUCCACAUCACCAUCAUCAUCAUCAAAAUGACAUAACAAGUUUACAUCAUUAUCAUCAUCAUAAUGCUCUACCACCAAUUGUACCACCACCACCAACAUCAUCAUCAUCAUCAUCAUUAUCAGCAGUAUUAUCACCACCAUCAGCAUCAUUAACAACAACAACAAUACAAUUACCUUUACCUUUACCAAAUAUAUUGUAUACACCAACGCAUCAUCAACACUACAACUUUGAUUUAUUACACCAUCAUCAUCAUCACCAACCGAAUAUACCAGGUGUAUCAGCUGCAACUGUACGUUCAAUACGUUCAUUACGUCAUAAUGCAUUCACUGCAGCAGCUACUGCAAAUUUACAUUCAAUUAUUACAAAUACAGAUUUAACACCAACUGUAUCUGCAUUAAAUUUAUCAAUGACAUCAACAACAUCAUCAUUAGCAACUACAACAACAACAACAACAACAAACACAUCAUCAUUAGCAUCACCUAUACAUUGUGAUAAUACAACAUCAUCGUCAUCAUCAAUAACAUCAAUUAUUGAUGCAACUAAUGUAACAACUACGACAACAAUAAUGACAAAUACUAAUGAUAAUAUUAUAUCAACUAAUUCAAAUUUAUCAUCAUCCGCAUCAUCGUCAUCGAAAUCGUCAAUAAAAUCAUCAUCAUCAUCUGUAUCAUCAGUGUCAGCGUUUACUUCACAGCAGGAUAUUGAUAAUACAGGUGGAGGUGCUGGUGCACAUUCAACAUCAACAACACAUCCUAGUUUACUACAAAUAUUAAUGUCUGCUGAAAAAUGUCAGGAGUUUGUAUGGAGUGCUAAAUUACAAAUGCAUAAUGAUGUGCUUGCUGCUUCUUCACAUUCAUCGUUAGCCACAAGUCCUUCGCCCGCUCUGCAUUUAACAUUAUCCCCAACAUGGGAAAUAUUACAAGAAACAACGGCACGUUUAUUAUUUAUGGCAGUACGUUGGGUACGUUGUUUAGCACCAUUUCAAACAUUAUCAAAACAUGAUCAACUAUUGUUAUUACAAGAAUCAUGGAAAGAAUUAUUUCUACUACAUUUAGCACAAUGGUCAAUACCAUGGGAUUUGUCAGCAUUGUUGAGUUGUACGCAAGCUCAAGAACGUUUACCACAUGACACGAUUACAAUCAAUGAAAUUAAAAUUAUACAAGAAAUAAUGUGCCGUUUUAGACAAAUAUCACCAGAUGGCAGUGAAUGUGGUUGUAUGAAAGCUGUUAUAUUAUUUUCACCAGAAACAACUGGUCUGUACGAUGUUCAACCAGUUGAAAUGUUACAAGAUCAAGCACAAUGUAUACUUGGUGAUUAUGUACGCUCAAGAUAUCCACGACAGCCAACACGUUUUGGACGUUUACUAUUAUUAGUACCAUCAUUAAGAGCAAUACGUCCAUUGACUGUUGAAUUAUUAUUCUUUAAAGAGACCAUUGGUGAAAUACCAAUAACACGAUUAUUAGGUGAUAUGUAUCAUAUGGAAAAAUUAACUACUACCUCAACACCAUCUACAUUAUAA